GGAGCCGCUCCGGUGGACCACUCCGUUGCCCCGCCGCGCAUUCUUCAGGAUCAGGGCCAGGACGAUGGGCUUCUUGUCGCUGCUCGCGGUGGCUUCCAUGCCGAUCGUCCAGGUCCUGCUCGUCGGCGUCAUCGGAGCCUUCCUCGCAUCAGGGUACAGCAACGUUCUCACCGCCAGCGCCCACAGGGACAUGAACAAGGUUGUUUUCACUGUCUUCACCCCUGCUCUUAUGUUCGCUAGCCUCGCCAAGACCGUCACCCUCUCCGACGUCAUCUCUUGGUGGUUCAUGCCGGUGAACAUAGCAAUCACAUUCCUAGUGGGUAGCGCCCUUUCUUGGAUAGCGUGCAAGAUCCUGAAACCACCGCCGCAUUUCCAAGACUUGAUCACCGCCUUCUGCUCAACAGGAAAUCUCGGCAACCUGCUGUUGAUCAUCGUCCCGGCUGUCUGCGAUGAAGAUGGCAACCCGUUCGGGAACGAUCGGAGCCAGUGCCGCUCGCGAGGGCUACCCUACUCUUCGCUGUCCAUGGCUCUUGGUGGCCUGUUCAUAUGGACGUACACCUACAGCCUGAUGCACAAGUCAGGGACGCUGUACCACAAGAUGCAGUCCAAGUGCGUCCAGCGCCCGGCUGACAGCGAUGAGGAACAUCUCGAGGGAUUCAAUGCCGGCGACGAGGAACGCAAUGAGAUGAACCAAAUUGUAAGUGCUCAUGAUCGUCCAUGUUGGUUGGCAUCUUCAGAGGAACUGACCGAGGCAGAAAUGCAGGAAGCUCCACUAUUAUCGGGCAAGAGCGACAUCGCCGACAACAAAGGAUUCUGCACGAACCUGGCGGAGGCCUUGCACCAGCUCGUCCAGGAGCUCAUGACGCCGCCGACAAUAUCCGCGAUAAUUGGAUUCGUCGUUGGGCUAGUGCCAUGGCUCAAGUCGCUGAUCAUCGGCGACGGCGCCCCUCUCAGAGUCAUCCAGGAUUCCCUCGAUUUGAUGGGCAAUGGCACUAUUCCCUGCAUCACCCUCAUUCUGGGAGGAAACCUGAUACAAGGGCUGCGGAAGUCGGUGCUGAAGCGCGCGGUGAUCGUGGCGAUCGUUUGCAUCCGCUACGUGGCAAUGCCAAUGAUGGGGAUCGCCGUCGUCCGCGCGGCGCACGGGGUUGGGUUCCUUCCCCAUGACCCUCUCUACCGGUACGUGCUGAUGUUGCAGUUCGCACUGCCGCCCGCUAUGAACAUCGGUACCAUGGCACAGCUGUUCGACGUGGCGCAGGAGGAAUGCUCAGUGAUCUACAUGUGGACGUACCUCGUCGCCACCGUGGCGCUCACCACCUGGUCCACCGUCUUCAUGUCCAUUCUCUCCUGAAGCAGGCAACCAUGAACAUUUCAAUUUUGUAAGGGGUCAGGGAGAAUUCCCUUAGAUUUCAGUUAUAAAGUGUUCAUUACAGAGCGUGUAAUUGUAAGUAGAUACGCCAUUCUUUCUGUAUACUAAAAAUAAUACU